AUGUUGAAAACAUCUGAAAAACUGUGUUUUAAGACAAAUCAACGUACAGGUGUUGAUGAAAAUUCACACUCGCUACAACACCCUUCUUCUCAAGAACAGUGCGUAUCUCUCACCAGAUUUAUUAUAGACUAUGAAACACUCAAACGUUCAAUGUGUCUUAAAGAGCUUUCUGAUAAAUGUAAUUUACUACAACACAUGAGAACUCAUAUUGGAGAAAAACUAUAUCAGUGUUUAGUGUGUCUGAAAAAUUUUUCUAAAAAAAAAACUUUAAAAAGGCACUUGAUCAUUCAUACUGGAGAGAAACCAUAUCAGUGUUCACAAUGUCCAAAAGACUUUUCGCAAAGGUCUGACCUAGUACGUCACAUGAGAACCCAUACAGGAGAGAAACCAUAUAAGUGUUCAGAAUGUAUGAAUACCUUUUCUCAUAGAUCAACAUUAGUAAAUCACAAGAGAACUCAUACUGGAGAGAAACCGUUCCAGUGUUCAGUGUGCCUGAAAGACUUUGCAAGAAAACCUUAUUUAGUACAUCACAUUAGAGCUCAUACAGGAGAGAAACCAUAUCAGUGUUCACAAUGUCCAAAAGACUUUUCACGAAGGUCUGACUUGGUAUGUCACAUGAGAACUCAUACCGGAGAGAAACCAUAUCAGUGUUCACAAUGUCCAAAAGACUUUUCACAAAGGUCUGACCUAGUACGUCACAUGAGAACUCAUACCGGAGAAAAACCAUAUAAGUGUUCAGAAUGUAUGAAUGCCUUUUCUCAUAGAUCAACAUUAGUAAAUCACAUGAGAACUCAUACUGGAGAGAAACCAUAUCAGUGCUCAAUGUGCCUGAAAAACUUUUCUCGAAAGUCUGGUUUAGUAAGUCAUAUGAGAACUCAUACUAGAGAGAAACCAUAUCAGUGUUCACAAUGUCCAAAAGACUUUUCACGAAGGUCUGACUUAAGGUCAUACAGCGCCGAGGGAGUAAAAAAUGCUCAGCUGAAAGGAAAGAAUACCUCCAGUUCCUUGGAUGCAGGGAAACUCUACGAGCAGACGCCUCCACCUGGAUUUUCAAUGUUGAAUAUGGAGACGCUGGAGAGUGGAAGUGGGCCAUCAGAAGCGGGGAUAUAUGAGCUUCCAUCGAUGAUCCAAGUGGAAGUGGCCAGAGAUUCUCUACCGGCCAGUGGUGAGGUAAAACUUGAGGCCAACUUGUCCUCUGCCUGGCCAGGUGUCUGCGUAAAAUCCCAUGCUGGCACACCUGUGCCAUCCUCACCACAACUGAAGCAUUUACCCUGCCAACAACACAUUCUCGACUAA